UGUAAGAGGUGAUGGAUUUUCCAACGCUCCUGAACGCCUCUCUAGUCGCUCUGGGGAAUGACGUGUCAGAAAGACCCGGAAGUUGUCAUUCUGUCCAAAAUGGCUUACCAGACUUUACAGCAGCAAUAUUUACAGAUUCCUCCUGUUACCAGAGCUUACACGACGGCCUGCGUCCUCACCACCGCGGCAGUGCAACUGGAGAUCAUCACACCGUUUCAGCUCUACUUUAAUCCAGACUUAAUCCUGAAGAAUUACCAGGUAUGGCGUCUGAUCACCAACUUCCUGUUUUUUGGUCCAGUUGGCUUCAACUUCCUGUUCAACAUGAUCUUUCUGUACAGGUACUGCCGGAUGCUGGAGGAGGGCUCGUUCAGGGGCCGAACAGCUGACUUUGUCUUCAUGUUCCUGUUCGGCGGACUGCUCAUGACUAUCUUCGGCAUGUUUGUGAGCCUGGUCUUCCUGGGACAGGCCUUCACCAUCAUGCUGGUGUACGUGUGGAGUCGGAGGAAUCCCAACGUUAGGAUGAACUUCUUCGGCCUCCUGAACUUCCAGGCCCCUUUCCUGCCCUGGGUUCUGAUGGGUUUCUCGCUCCUGCUGGGUAACUCCAUCAUCGUGGACCUGCUGGGGAUCGCCGUGGGUCACGUGUACUUCUUUCUGGAGGAUGUUUUUCCCAACCAGCCUGGAGGAGGAAGGUGGCUGAAGACGCCGUCCAUCAUGUGGUGAUGAGCUACAUUGUAGCCACAGCUGCCCUGGUACAGCGAGGCUGCCAUACACAGGCGCCAUCUGUCCCUCUGAUCCCCACCAGCAGGCAAGGUGGGUUAGGUGUCUUGCCCAAGGACACGACAACAGACUGAGUGAGGCUCGAACCUGCGACCUUCCAAUUACAGGGUGAGCACUUAACUUCUGUGCCGCCGUCGCCCCUUUCACUUUAGAAUUCUAAAAGCAGGUUUUUCUCCUCUGGACCCCAGGUGGACCUGGUCUUCCCGUCAUCCAGUUCAGAGUAAUCAGAGGGUGUUUCUCAGUGUCAGGCCUGCUCCUUAAAUACCCCACGAUGGAUGAUCGAUGAUCUUCUACUGCUGCUCCGGACAUGCUCACCUGCAGAGUAGCAGACUCAGAAACUUUGUGAAUGAGGGAAAACAAACUGAUUGUGAUAGUAUCGGUAUUGAUUUGGUUUAUAUCGGUAUCUAUUUGGUUUACAUUGGUAUUUGUUUGGUUUAUAUCAGUAUCUGUUUGGUUUAUAUC